AGUCCUUCAGAGCGCAGACUCAAAAACAAGAUUCAUCUAAUUAAAAACGAUAACGUGAAAAAAAAAAUUGCCAACUUAUUCAGGUUUGCUUUACAACUUUUUUUUUUUUUUUUUAGCACAGUUCAGGCUAAUGCUUUUAGAAUAGCUAGCGGUAGGCGUACAACGACCUAGUUGUGCCACUUUAAGAUAAUAUUGAGCACGAUGUCUGACAUGGAUGAUGAUGUCUACUUGUCCGAUGACGAAGAAGGAUCGGAGACUCGUAAAGACGCCGAGGAAAGCGAAAAGACGACGUAUGAAAAGAGUCAUGUCUGUCCGCUGACCAAAGAGACGAUCAGCGAGGGGCUUUCAUUGCUCUGCCGGACAGGAAAAAGACUGGAACACGCUUUUGUCAAACUGGAUCUGAAAGACAAAGCGCUGACUGACAUAGCUGCAAUCAGCACUUAUAUUCAUAUUCGUUUUCUGGACUUAUCCAACAACCUCGUCGCUGAUCUUUCUCCUUUGGCAACGCUGAAUCAUUUGCUUUGGCUGAAGGUUGACAGAAAUGCCGUGGCGUCGUUUAUAGGGCAACCUUUUGCAGAGCUUACCUUUCUACAGUGGUUGAGUGUGGCAGUCAACCGGCUGACAGACACGGACGGCCUGGUUGGACCGUCCUUAGAGACCCUCAUACUCACAGGUAAUAGUCUUCAGAAAUUAAAUGGUUUGCAAAGUAGCCAUUUUGCCAAUUUGGUUGUCCUCGAGCUGAGGGGAAACCACCUGGAGACCACAGAUGGCAUUAAUCUACCAAACUUGCGCCGUUUAUAUCUGGCCGAAAACUUCAUCAAACGUCUUGAGGGUCUAGAGAACUUAGAGCGCCUCACAAUCCUACAUCUUCGAGACAAUCAUCUUGAGACUCUGGAUGGACUCAGUCCCAACAUGAAGAAUCUUCAGUACCUCAAUGUCAGGGGAAAUGCAGUCGCUGAUGAAAAAGCCUUGGAAAACCUUGUCCACGUGUCAAAAACACUCAAGGUUUUGGUCCUUUCUGGAAACCCAUUGGUGGAAAUAUUAGACUAUCGUCCAAGUGUACUGAUUCUCUCGCCUCAGCUGGAGCGCAUUGACAAAGAGCCAGUAACCCUUGAGGAGAGAAUGGAAGCCCGAAGGGCAAUCAGGGAACUUAAUGAAGAGGAAAUACCUGUACCAUAAGAUUUCAAAAGACUAGAAGGAGGAAGUGCAGGCUUUUUGAAGAAGGAAGCCUUAUGUGUACAAGUCAGCAACAGUGAUUACAAAUUUGUUUGAAAAGCAUAUCUCCUGCAUGACUGAUGUUCUUUAUGUCUAGGUUUGCUUUCUCACAUUUGCAACUAUAACAAACUGACAGAUUAAUUUGUGAUCUAAUUAUUUCCUUGAAAUGUAAAAUUACAGAAUAGCAGCAAAAUAAUAAAAAAAAGUGUUUAUGGCUGUGAGAUACAAAGAUAUUUUGUAUGUGAACCUUGUUCUGCUGUUUUUUUCCCUGAGUAAGGAUGAUAGGGCAGAAUCUGCCUGUACUUCCUUGUGGGCAGUCUCCGCAGCUCCAGAUUUAAAGGAACAGUUACAUUGCAGCUGCCCGUAGACAGUGCGUGCAUUUAUGAACGUAGGGUAAAGUAUGUACGAGGA